GCGCUUCUAGAUGUGCAUCAAAUCCGCGUCGCCGGCGCCCGCGUCAACAAUAACAUCACCACCAAACCCACCGCGCAAAGUGGUAUCCCAACCGGUGAUCCCGUCCCAUGGCACGCUGGGCGCGGUAGAAUGGAAACCUUCGUCCCGGGUACAGCGUGCAGCGUGAGAGCUGACCAAUCUGUUGAGGAUCCCUCCCGCCCUCUCUCAAGUCUCUCAUCUGUCUUUUCUGUCACGAUACCUUAUUACUAUACAGUCUCCUUACGGCGUCGAGCACGCUCAGGCUGUGGAGCUCUGCUUCCCAAGUGUCCCUGUUUCCAUUUCCGUUUGUCCCGUCCCAUCCCUACCUAUGGCAUCCAAGCCCCCUCGUUGGAGAUCCACCAUCGAUAA